AUGAGACAUGCUCGACUUCUUCUCUUGCUGCUUCCCUCUGCUGCAGGCCAGCUGAUCCUGGGGCUGACGCUCACCCUGAGCGGCAGCCCGGAGGAGGUGGCGCAGAGCCAGCGCGUGCAGAAGUCCCUGGAGCUAUUGGUGUCUACGGCCAAUGACAAUGCCUUUGGCGCCAAUGCCUUCAAGGACCAUCGUGGCAACCGCUUGGUCUUUGGUCUGCGGGUCUAUGAUGAUCAGGGCCUGAGAGAAAAGGUCCGGGAGCACUACACCGCCAUGAUCCGGGACCGUCUGGUGGACGUGCUACUUGGCCCGGCCACCCAGCUGCUGUCCGAGGAGGCGGCGCAAGUGGCCUGGGAAGAGCGCAGGACCAUCAUGCUGUACGCCUACUAUACACUCGCCUACGAUCCUUAUCCGAUACGAGCGAAUCUGCCAGGCAUUUUCUCCGUCUCGGUGCCAGCGGAAGAGCACAUGCAGCAGGGGCUCCGAAUCUUCCGGUCCAUGGGAGCCCAGUCGCUGGCAGUGCUCAUUGGGACGCAGCGGCACUAUCAGGUGAUGUGCAACGCGGCGGUGCAGUCUGCCUUGCAGAUGGGCUUUCUGCAGAGUCAACUCAUUGUGGAGCGCCCGGCCGACGACUAUGAGCUGCUGCGUGCCAUGCAGCGGAAGUUCACGCAGGGCCCAGACGCCAUCAUGCUCUGCGGCUCCGAGGAGGAGACCAUCGCCUGCCUCAUGGCCUCCAUGCGUCUCAACAUCUCCGCCCAGGGUAUGCUGCUCCUGCACGCGGAUACCCGCUACGUACACCAAGCUGCCGGCGUCGCCGUGACUCAGGUGGUGGCUCCCAACAGCUGGCAUCCCAGUAUGUCUUUGCCCUGCCGCGCCUUUGGGACCAGCGACCACUACGUGCGGCUCCAUGAGCUGAGAUAUGGUGAUUUGCCCUCGGCCCUGGCGGCGGCCGCCACGGGCGGCGCCAUCACCGUGAUGCAGACGCUGCAGAACUGCGCCUUCGAGGGCCCAGAUGUGCAGAAGAACACGCUGCUCACGCAGGCCUUGCGAUUGGCAGGUGUGGAUACUGUCUAUGGCCGUGUGGAGUUUUCGGGUAAUGGAGUGGUGCAGAGGUCCGCAGUGACGCUCCAGGUGGAAGCGUCCGACGACGGCGUGACAUCCCAGCUGCUGGACGAAGCCAAUACCAGCUCCAUGGUCUGGCCGCACCCCAGCUGGGAGAGCAAGUUUCUGCGGACCCAAGAGUGCCCCGCCGGCUUCGUCACGAACCCCGACACCUUCAACGGCAGCUUGGCCGAGUGCCUUCCCUGCCCGGCGGGCUGGACCAACUCUCCCACCGGGGAGUGGUGCCAGGAGUGCACUGUGGGCUUCUUCGCACAGCUCCCUGGCUCUCAGUGCAUCCACUGCCCCGUGGGCGCCAACUGCGCGGACUCAGGCACCUCAGUGCCAGCACCCGUAGCGGGGUAUUACAGGCUGGACGGACAUCCUCAGCAGCAGCUCUUCUUUGUGGCUUGCAUGCCCGAUCUCUGCGUGGGCGACAACAAGUGCUUUGGCACCAACAGUGGGAUUCUCUGCCAUAGCUGCUUGCCAGGCAGCACCAACGUGGGCUUCGUGCGGAACUACCUGAAGUGCGGCAGCUGCCUGCCGCGGGGCCUGCUGGCGGUGAUCUUGAUCAUCUACGUGGGAGCGGUCUUCUUCUUGGUGGCCGUGACAGCACAGGCAACCGCGCACGGCAUGAUCUGGAAGCGCAUCCUGAACUACUGGCAGAUUUGCUCCGCUGCAACGCGAAUUGGUGGUCUUUACUACAGCUCCAACUUUCUGCAGACCGUCAGCGACGUGGUGCUCUAUCCCUUCCACACCAUCUUAGGUCCUGACUGUCUGUUCAACCUGGACUCCAUGAGCAAGGAGACCUUCGUCUUUGCGGUGGGUCUUGCUCUGCUGCCGCUGAUCUCGGUGCUGACGACCAUCUUCUUCCUCAUCGCCACCGGAGUCCAGCUCGGUCGCCAGCAAAGCAGCCGCAAGAAGCGAGGGGGCAGCGACCUUGUGCAGAUCAAGAAGUACUUUGGGCAGACUCUGAAGGGCGGCACAAGGUGGAACGUGGCCGCGCUCUACGUCUUGUACUGCCCCACGCUGAUCAUCUUCAUGAGCUGCUUCAGCUUCGAGAGCCUCGACGUCCUACGCAUGCGCUACUGGCUGGACGUGCCGGCGGAGCGGGUGGUGAACUUCAGCAUCAUCUCGGCCUGCGUUUCGGCUCUGCAGGGGGUGGCCAUCCCGCUGGUGCUCUGGCUGGUGCUGCGGAACCUCAAGAAGAGGCAUCUCCUGAAGGACAAGACCUGGCAGUACGUCUUCGGCAUGCUCUACAAUGACUUCGAGCCCGAGUUCUGGUUCUACGAGCUGAGCCUCUUUGUGAAGCGAUUCCUGUUCAUGGCGGGCUCGGCGAUCCCAGAUCUGGUGUUGAGGGUCUUCGUCUUCGGGGUGCUGGGAUUCGUCCACCUGCAGAGCAUCGUGCUGCUGCGGCCCUUCAGCACUAUGGAGGGAAACGUGCUGCACCGCCUGGAGACGAGAUUCGUCUUGAGCUGCCCGAACGAAUACAUCAAAGAGUCCUACAAGCGCUUCGGGAAGCGCUUUGAUCAUGAGGAGCGGCUCCGGAAGAAGAAGGCGAGGGAGCCCAAGAAGAUCUCCAAGACCGCGCGGAAGCUGCGGGGCAUCAAGGCGAAGCUCUUCACCAAGAAGAGGUAUACCGAGAAGGCCACCAUGAAGAAGACCAUCAAGGCCCACCAAGAAAAGGACGCGAAGGCGGACGCGGAGGAGGUGAAGCCCGGGGCGGUGCCCGCGUAUCUGCUGGACCGAGAGCAGGUGAGACGCACCAAGGUGCUGUCCAACAUGAUCAAGCAGAAGCGCAAGGAGAAGGCGGGCAAGUGGCAAGUGCCCAUCCCCAAGGUGAAGGCCAUGACGGAGGAUGAGAUGUUCAAGAUCCUCCGCAGCGGCAAGAGGAAGAAGAAGGCCUGGAAGCGGAUCGUGAACAAGGUCUCCUUUGUGGGGGAUAGCUUCACUCGGAAGCCCCCCAAGUUUGAGCGCUACAUCCGACCCUCAGCGCUCAGGUUCAAGAAGGCCCACGUCACGCACCCCGAGCUGAAGAUGACCUUCUGUCUCGAGAUGGUGAGCGUGAAGAAGAACCCCCAAUCUGCGCUCUAUACCUCGCUGGGGGUCAUCACCAAAGGUACCAUCAUCGAAGUCAACGUCUCUGAGCUCGGCUUGGUGACGCAGACGGGGAAGGUGAUCUUCGCGAAGUAUGCGCAGGUAACCAACAACCCGGACAUCGAUGGCUGCAUCAACGCCCUCCUGCUGGUGUAA